GGUGGUGAAAUUCCCUGGAAAUGUAGGCUACACGAUUAUAUAAUACAUACAUAAUUUCCCGCACAUACAAUAUUCUGUAGAGCUUGACACCUGUUUUUUGUAUAGGUUAGAGCGAGCAUAAUGUAUUGUUAGCCGUGUUAUUUAACCUCAAACUUUUCAUGAAACUCAAUUUCACAUCCGGUCAGCCAAAAAAGUCUCGACAGGGUUGGGCCAGUUACGGAGCUGUCAGUCUUCAAAUUUAAUCUGUGGCCUCUGUUCCCGUCAAUUGUGUUUAACACUGCACCUUGAGCACCUCAGGAUUACCGUGUGAACCGGCACAUUUCCCAACAUGCAACCGGCUCUCGUCGUGAUCUGGCUGGCCGCUCUACAACAAUCCAUUCCGGUCAAUUGUUUCCCUGUACACCUAGACCUGUCGCCGCCGCACAGGACAAUCAAAGGAAUCCUCGCGCGCUCCCAGUCUGUCGAUACAGGACAUUAUUUAUGGAAUGUGAAUUUGAAUGGACAUGUAAAGAAAGCCAUCUUCACAAACUCUCUCGUUGUCCUCCCAAUAAGAACAGAAACAAGUGACUUUGUGUCAAUAUUGGACUUGAAAAGUAAACGUUUCUUAUGUGUCGACGUCGAGGAUAAGUGGUUCAGUUCUAUGAUGUUCAGCAGGAAAGAGUGCCUUUUCCAGCACAGGCGGAUGGAGAACCAUGUUGACGUGUUCUAUUCAUCCAGCAAUGGACUGUUGCUCCUACUGGAAGGGGCUGAGAUCCCUGUGAAAGGGUAUGACUUGUUAAAGAGACUCAUGGUUUACAGAAGAAAGAGGAGCCAACAGGAGAACCCAAAUGUAGACUCCAUGGAGGAUCAGGACCUGGCUAUGCAACAGGACCAAGAACGAGCUGGAGCCAUUUCCAAGGAGACCAUCACUUCUUGUGACGACCCUUUGCGGGUGUUGCAUUCCAAUAGCCCAGGCAGUCCUACCAAAAUGGCUGUGCAAAAGGCAGACAAAGUGGCCCAGGGUGGUCUAGCGGUCUAAGCAGAUGCCUCCGGCACACAUCUACGGUGUUGUCAGGUUUGAAUCCAACCUACUGCCUUCUCUCUUUCCCUACUAUCUUCCCUACUAUCAUCCUCUCUCUUUAUCUUAGGGGUAAGCAACCUUGUUCCUGGAGUGCUUGCAGGAUUUUGCCCCAACUUGGCAUCACACCAGACCAAAUGAGCAAAUUGACUAAAUUCAACACACCUGGUCUUCCAAGUUGGUUAUAUCAAAAACAAGUCCUUGCGUCACUCCAGAACCAAGGUUGCCUAGUCCUGCUCUAACUGUUCAAUAAAGUCAGAAAAUAGCUUAAAAAUAUAUUUAAAAAAUGGAAAAUGCAGAUAAAGAGUGAAGCAUUGGCCAAUGGCUUGACUCGUAAGGCCAGAGAAAUGAGCUUUGAAUUUGAAGCUUGUCUGGAAAAUGUUUAAACUUUUUGCUAGAUAACAUUAAGGGAUAUACAGUAAUGCCAUGCACCAGUCAAAUCAAAUUCAAAUCAAAUCAAAUGUAUUUAUAUAGCCCUUCGUACAUCAGCUGAUAUCUCAAAGUGCUGUACAGAAACCCAGCCUAAAACCCCAAACAGCAAGCAAUGCAGGUGUAGAAGCACCAGUGCCUCAAUCCUCAUGAGUUUGUGGUUUUGCAAUCGUAGUCUGGAUGUAGGGGUCACAAUACAACUUCAGAAGGAGCACGUUAGAUUGAAACAAGGAGGUGAAUUAGAAAGCUGAUCAGUGAGCAUCAUGAGAAACAGUCUUACAUGCUUCUAUGCUGAGGUAGUGCUUCUUAAGGUCAUUAAUGAGUGGAUGAGAAUGGGUAGAUGAGACCAUGUGUAUAGUGCAGUGAGAAGCCAACCCUUUGGUUAUGCAAGGGUGUGAUGCACUUUUUCACUGGGACCAGAAAUCAGCCCUGGCAUUUGUAACACACCGGCCCAUUUCUUUCCUCAAGGCCCAGACAGCGACCAUUUUUUUUUUCUCCCCCUUGUGGCCCCCAUUCUUAGCCUGAUGAUGAUGAUGAUCAUUUUGCACAACAAAAAAAACAAGUUAGGCAGGCCCACGAGGUAAACAAUCAACCCGGCCCAUCUGGAAUUUUUCACGAAAUGCCUGAUGGCCAGUCCGCCCCUGCACUUUUUAAAUAUUUACAUUACAAAACACUUUCAAACAGUUUGGACUUUCAUCCUUGACACAGAGAAAACCAAUCAAAUCAUCCUGAAAAUAUGCAGACUCAUUAUGAAAUGGGCACUUCUUGUUUUUAUAACAGCGAAUAAAAAGUUGAGUCACCCAUUUCCUUUUCUACAUUACUUAGAAUCAUAUAUCAAUUCAUACAGAGAGACGUUUGAGUAGCAGUUGAUGAGGGGCCUGUUUGGCAACAUUAAACAUAAUUUGUCCUUUUUGGGUAACGCCUGGGUUGAACCAGUGUCAUGUUGUCCUUUUAACUCCCUUUAAAAAGUACCAUUUUAAACUGGUUUGGCAUUGAGCCUGAUGUUGCAAUAAUUUGUUUGCAUGAGAUUUUGCUAUGUAUGUCAAAAUGGACCAACAUUUCUGUAUGAAUUAUUGUAAUUGACAAGUAAAUAUUAAUUGAUACAAUAUUGCAUUAAUGCAUUGUAACUUCUAUUAAUUGAAGACCAUUUUUCAAUGGAUGUGUUAUGGUAUUACUAUAUGUUGUCAAUCUAUAGGUUGUGGUGGAUGUUCACAAUGUUUAAAUAUGGUAAAUACACUAUAUAUAAAAAAGUAAGUGGACACCCCUUCAAAUUAGUGGGUUCGGCUAUUUCAGCCACACCCGUUGCUGGCAUGUGUAUAAAAUCGAGCACACAGCCAUGCAAUCUCCAUAGACAAACAUUUGCAGUAGAAUGGCCUUACUGAAGAGCUCAGUGACAUUCAACAUGGCACUGUCAUAGGAUGCCACCUUCCUAACAAGUCAGUUCAUCACAUUUCUGCCCUGCUGGAGCUUCCCCGGUCAACUGUAAGUGCUGUUAUUGUGAAGUGGAAACGUCUAGGAGCAGCAAUGGCUGAGCCGCGAAGUGGUAGGCCCCACAAGCUCACAGAACAGGACCGCUGAAAUGCGUAGCGAAUAAAAAUUGCAUGUCCUCGGUUACAACACUCACUACCGAGUUACAAACUGCCUCUGGAAGCAACGUCAGCACAAUAACUGUUCAUCGGGAGAUUCAUGAAAUGGGUUUCUAUGGCUGAGCAGCUGCAUGCAAGCCUAAGUUUACCAUGCCAAGUGUCGGCUGGAGUGGUGUAAAGCUUGCCGUCAUUGGACUCUGGAGCAGUGGAAACGCAUUCUCUGGAGUGAUGAAUCACACUUCACCAUCUGGCAGUCCGACAAACUAAUCUGGCUUUGGCAGAUGCCAGGAGAAUGCUACUUGCCCCAAUGCAUAGUGCCAACUGUAAUGUUUGGUGUAGGAGGAAUAAUGGUCUGGGAUGGUUUUUCACGGUUCGGGCUUGGUCCCUUAGUUCCAGUGAAGGGAAAUCUUAACACUACAGCAUUUUGUAUUUUUAUUUAUUUAUCCUUUAUUUAACUAGGCAAGUUCGUUAAGAACAAAUUUUUAUUUACAAUGACGGCCUACUCCGGCCAAACCCUAACGACACUGGGCAGAAUGUGCGCCGUCCUAUGGGGCUCCUAAUCACAGCCGGUUGUGUUACAGCCUAGAAUCGAAACAGGGUCUGUAGUGUCGCCUCUAGCAUUGAGAUGCAGUGCCGUAGACCGCUGCGUCACUCGGGAGCCCAUACAAUGACAUUCUAGACAAUUCUGUGCUUCCAACUUUGUGGUAACAGUGUGGGGAAGGCCCUUUCCUGUUUUCAGCAUGACAAUGCCCCUGUAUACAAGGCGAGGUCCAUACAGAAAUGGUUUGUCGAGAUCAGUAUGGAAAAACUUGACUGGCCUACACAGUGCCCCGACCUCAACCCUAUCAAACACCUUUGGGCUGAAUUGGAACGCCGACUGCGAGCCAGGCCUAAUUACCCCACAUCAGUGCCCGACCUCACUAAUGCUCUUGUGGCUGAAUGGAAACAAGUUCCCACAGCAAUGAUCCAACAUCUAGUGGAAAGCCUUCCCAAAAGAGUGGAGGCUGUUUAUAGCAGCAAAGGGGGGGGACCAACUUUAUAUUAAUGCCCAUGAUUUUGGAAUGAGAUGUUUGACGAGCAGGUGUCCACAUACCUUUGGUCAUGUAGUGUAUAUCAAUGUUGUGUUUUGCUGUCAUUUGAAACUAUACCAAAUGUUAGCUGGUGCUGGACACCAUUAGGAAAAAGCAAUGAGCCAUCACAAUAUAAUAUGUAUUUAUUCAAAUGUAUUCACAUAUUGUUAUUUAUAAUGUGUAAUAUUUUGUAUGGAUGCUUAUUGUCUUAUCAUAAAAUAUAUACACUGAACAAAAAUAUAAACAACAUGCAACAUUUUCAAAGAUUUUACUGAGUUAUGGUUCAAAAAGUAAAUCGGUCAAUUGAAAUAAAUAAAUUAGGCCCUAAUCUAUGGAUUUCACAUGACUGUGAAUACAAAUGUGCAUCUGGUCACAGAUACCUUUAAAAAAGGUGGUGGUGUGGAUCAGAAAACCAGUCAGUAUCUGGUGUGACCACCAUUUGCCUCAUGUAGCGUGACAACUCCUUCACAUAGAGUUGAUCAGGCUGUUGUGGCCUGUAGAAUGUUUUCUCAUCCUCUUCAAUGGUUGUGUGAAGUUGCUGCAUAAUUAAAUCAC